CGCGUCGUGACCGAGGGCGCCGGCGGCCGGCCGCGUCCCCUGAACCUCUGGUUCUCAGUGCGUCGUGGGCGUUCCGGGGACUGUCGGCCGCAGCGGGAGCACCGCGCUCUCCCGCCGUGCGGCAGCCCAGGAGGCCGCGCGCCGGGCGUUCCGUGUCCUUGACGGCCGGGGAGGCCGAGGCGCGGGGUGGCCCGGGGAUGCUGCGGGUGGGGAUGGCGGUGCCGGGUGGUCCACGCCUUUCUUCCCUCCCAGUUGCCGGUUCCGCUGCGGCGGCGGCGCUGACAGGCCCGCGCCGGGGAGGCGGGGGAGCCCCUGCUCCCACGGAGGGAGGCCGCUUUCUAGACCUCGCCUCGUCGUGUUUCCUCUCCCUGCCCUGGGUGCUUAGGGGGUCAGUGCAAACCCCGGUGUCCAGGGCACUGGUGGGCUCCCGACUUCUGGCAGCCAAGCGGCUGAACUCCUGAAGGAAGCUGGGAGGGGAGAGCCCCGAGUGUGCACAACCUGGGAGGGCAGCUCGCGCCCAGGUGCUUCCGGGACGGAGCGCGCUCGACGUGGAGCUCGGGGAACCGUGGGCUGUGUGUGGCUGCAGUAGCCGGCGAGGAGGUGGGCUUGAUCUCGAGGGCGUCGGGAGACGUGGAAAGUUUUGAACAGAAUCAGGACAUCCUCUGAGUUGGGGUUUUAAAAUGGUCCUACCGUUUGCCGCGUGGAGAACAGACAUGCAGGGGUGUCGGCGUGAAUGGAAGAACCUGUCUGGGCAGCUGUAGAGGUGACAUCAGGACCAGAUGGCCUUCGAGGAUGUGGCUGUGUACUUCUCCCAGGAGGAGUGGGGGCUCCUGGACACAGCCCAGAGGGCCCUGUACCGCCGCGUGAUGCUAGACAACUUCGCACUUGUGGCCUCACUGGGACUCUCCACCACUCGACCUCGUGUGGUCAUCCAGCUCGAGCGUGGCGAGGAGCCCUGGGUUCCUAGUGGAACGGACAUGACCAUGUCCAGGAACGCCCACAGGAGGCGCAACCCUGGUUCCUGGAGUUUGGCAGAAGAUGGAGAUGUUUCUGGAGAAGCAGCAAGGCAUCGGGCUUUUCCAGAUACCCUACCCAUAAUGACUACUAGCGUAUUCCCUGUUGCCGGUGCCUGCCACAGUACAGAAGGCCUGCAGCAACAACGGGGUGCCUCCCCAUCUCGGGAGAGAAAACCCACGGGGGUGUCGGUGAUAUACUGGGAGAGGCUCCUGUUAGGCUCAGGCAGUGGGCAAGCCAGCAUCAGCCUGCGACUGACGUCCCCGCUCAGGCCUCCUGAGGUUGGCCAGCUUAGGGAAGAGACCCUCACAGAGCACCCGGUGCCUGGGAGGCAGCCCAGGACGCCUGAGCGGCAGAAGCCAUGUGCACAAGAGGUCCCUGGGAGAGCCUUUGGGAACGCCCUGGACCUGGAGGCUGCCAGCAGUCAGGGGGAUCACGGAAUGAGUUCGGCUUGGCAGGAGCCUCAGAGGCUCCUCGGUGGCCAGGAGCCCUCGACCUGGGAUGAGCUGGGCGAGGCUCUCCACGCUGGGGAAAAGUCCUUCGAAUGCAGGGCGUGCAGCAAAGUGUUCGUGAAGAGCUCCGACCUCCUCAAGCACCUACGCACCCACACCGGGGAGCGGCCCUACGAGUGCUCCCAGUGCGGCAAGGCCUUCAGCCAGACGUCGCACCUGACGCAGCACCAGCGCAUCCACAGCGGCGAGACGCCCUACGCGUGCCCCGCGUGUGGCAAGGCCUUCAGGCACAGCUCCUCACUGGUGCGGCACCAGCGCAUCCACACGGCUGAGAAGUCCUUCCGCUGCUCCGAGUGCGGCAAGGCCUUCAGCCACGGCUCCAACCUCAGCCAGCACCGCAAGAUACACGCGGGCGGGCGUCCCUAUGCCUGUGCACAGUGUGGCCGCCGCUUCUGCCGCAACUCGCACCUGAUCCAGCACGAGCGCACGCAUACGGGCGAGAAGCCCUUCGUGUGUGCGCUCUGCGGUGCCGCCUUCAGCCAGGGCUCCUCGCUGUUUAAGCACCAGCGUGUGCACACGGGCGAGAAGCCCUUCGCUUGCGCACAGUGCGGCCGUGCCUUUAGCCACAGCUCCAACCUGACCCAGCACCAGCUCCUGCACACGGGCGAGCGGCCCUUCCGCUGCGGGGACUGUGGCAAGGCCUUCGCGAAGGGCGCUGUGCUGCUGAGCCACCGGCGCAUCCACACGGGCGAGAAGCCCUUCGUGUGCACGCAGUGUGGUCGCGCCUUCCGUGAGCGCCCAGCCCUCUUCCACCACCAGAGGAUACAUACUGGUGAGAAGACCGUCCGGCGAUCCAGGGCCAGCCUGCAGCCCCAGGCCAGGUCUGUUUCUGGGGCAUCAUCAGAAGGUGCGCCAGUGAAGGAAAGCGAACCCGCUCCCGCCUUGGGCCCAGCCGCAGUCUCCGAUCCAGCGGAGGUCUGAGGUCACAGGUUGCAGCCCUGGCCUUCUGUGAAUCCCUUCCGCAGCUAAAGGGCAUAUGUCCUCUGCAGAUCCACAGCAGAGAAAAAGCCUUGUACUUGCUAGUCAGGGACGAGGGAGCUCCUUCGGCUGUGAUUUCAUUUGCACGUGGGGACAGAAUUUGCCAGUAUCUGCAUCCACAAAGAAGUAGCACGGUAGAAACAUCAGCAGGAGGACAUGGUGGCUGAAACUCUAGUGGGGCCGGUACUAUUCAGAAUCAGUAGGAGGCCGACAGUCACAGCGCUGCUGCAAUACCGUACUGCUUCAUAGCGCUGCAAUACCGUACUGCUUCAUGUGUUAUGACAGUGGGUGCUAAGGUGAGGGGCAUGCGGACAUAGGUUGUGUGACCCAAAGAAACUUAACCACCACACAAACUAGCUGCUGGAUAGAUGCCGAGGCAUUCUCCUACCCCCGCCCCCACCCGUUACCACUGCCUCUGUUCAUCCAAGGCUUCCUAGGGGCCAGCCCAGCAGACAGGAGACCACAGGUGAUGGGAUCAAGGUGUGGGCUCAGAGUGUCAGCCACCGCCUCUGGGAAAAAGAAAGGUUUGGGUCUACCAAACAUGUUUUCAGAUACUGACAGGUGGGGUCCUAAUGAGAGCCAACAUGUGCUCACCGUCGGCUCCUGUCCUAAGUGCUGGGAAAUUUCUCUUGAAGCCCUGAGAGAUGGCUGCUGUGGCUGGUAUCCCCCCUUGGAAGAUGAGGAAGCAGGCACAGAGGCGGAGGUGAGCUGCCACGGCACACAGCAGAGCUGGCACCCAAGCCCAGGUGGACUGACCCAGCGUCCAGAUACCUCAUCUCCUGGGCUGCAGUCUGGCCAGGUGUGAGGGCCUGUCCUGGCUUCACACACACAGCAGACUCAGGAUAGGGAUGCCCAUGGGGGAACAUGUGGCUCUCAGCAUUGGAAGGACAGAGCUACGACAAUGGCUUUCCAGUGGCACUUGCUCAGGUUUUGGUCCAAGUCUCAGCUUGGCCAAGGCCUGUCACUGACCCGUUUACCAAAAUGGAUGUGAUGAGGAGCCUUUACUUCUGAGGGGACAAGAUGGAGCUGCUCAUUUUUGCUGGGUUUGGUGGCCACUUCCCCCUCACACCCCCGUCUCACCUUACCCCCAUUAUCCCUCCUCAGUUGGAGGCUGGACAGAGAACUGAAUACGGACGACUUGCCGUUACCUAAGGCCAUGCGUGACAUCCUCCUGAGGACCUCCCCACCCCAGUGUAAUGGCCCUGCAUGGCAGGAACAGAAGGGUGGACUGGGGGCCAUUUGCUUCCUGUGGCCUUCAGCAGACCAGGCCCUGUCCCUACCUGGAGCAUCACCUCCAAGGAAAUUCAAGGUCUCUUUAAUGGAAAAAAAAAAAAAGACUAGCAUCUGCAACUCGGAGUAGGUGCUGCAGUUUCCUGUACAGCAGUUUGGGCUGCUACAGCACAGCUUCUUGUCCCUACUCCAGAGCAUGGUUCAGUUUUUAAUAACAGUUCAAAGAGCUUCUCUGAUAAAGCUUUCUUUUUAAA